AACAACUAUAUUUCUCUUAGCUCAUUUUAUAUAGUUUUAAUAUGAAGAUGAAUCACUUCUAUUAAAAAAUCCUGAAUUUCCCUUAAAGAGAAUCAGAAAUUGGAAUUAAAACUUAAAUUUCAUUGAAAAAAAAAAGAAACAGCUUAGUUAGAGAGGGAAUGAAGUUUUAGAUUUAUAAACGAAGAAAGGGUGACUGAAAUAAGAGGAUUUUUCAAAAGUCUAGGGUUAGGGUUCAGCAAAGGGGAGGAGAGGUAGGAGUAGUAGAAGAAUGGAAGGCUGGGAUCCGAAUACGAAGUCAACACUGACCCAAAUCCCUUUGCUGACGACGAAGGCCGGACCGAGGGACGGGGCUGCCUGGACGCAGAGGCUGAAGGAGGAGUACAAGGCAUUGAUUGCCUACACCCAGAUGAACAAGUCCAACGACAAUGAUUGGUUCCGCAUCUCGGCGGCCAAUCCCGAGGGAACACGCUGGACCGGCAAGUGCUGGUAUGUCCACAGUCUUCUCAAGUAUGAGUUCGAUCUCCAGUUCGAUAUUCCUGUAACCUACCCAACUACUGCACCUGAGCUCGAGCUCCCUCAAAUUGACGGGAAAACCCAGAAGAUGUAUAGAGGGGGUAAGAUCUGCUUGACCGUACAUUUCAAGCCUCUAUGGGCCAAGAACUGUCCCAGAUUUGGUAUAGCACAUGCACUCUGCUUGGGUCUUGCCCCAUGGCUGGCAGCUGAGAUUCCCAUUCUUGUGGAUUCUGGUAUGAUUAAGCACAAGGAUGAUGCAACAACAUCUGCAGAAUCUUAGUUAAUUUUAUUUUACAUUUGAGGCUUUAUUUUUUAAACUAAAAUAAAUGUUAAGAGGCACAAGUGCCUGUCACUCUUCAGGUGUACAAUUUUAUCCAUAGUAAUGUUAUAGAUCUUAUAAUUUACUUUC